AUGGCUUUCUUACGCGACUUGAUGACAGUCCUGAUGGUGAGCAUCUGGGUCAGGACGGCAACAGGCGCGACAACGUCGUCGUCAUCGGCAAAGGUGAACGACAUGGGCGGGCUCUCCGAAACUUGUAAGCAAGCGGGCUACACCGUGGAGGACGAAGUGGGCCUUUGUGCACACCUCUACGCCCCUUCAAAGAUCCUCCAGGAAGGUCCGGAGGUCCUUCAGGUCGUCCCUCCAUCGAAUUUCAAUCCUAAGAUCAGCUAUGCCAUGCAGUCGGUGUCGGCCAAAAUCAAGCAUUGGUUGACGAGCAUGUGUCAAGCUUCUGCUUGUAGCAGCGCCUCCCUUGCCUCCGCCACUAAAUCUUUGAAAGCUGGCUGUGGUACCGAGAUGUUCAGUGGGUGGAUGGUUGCUGGGUCAUCUAACUCUUUACUCACUAACUACAAUACUAUAAGGGCUGAUAUUUGCCCAAUCAUCGCGAAUAUAAAAUUGAACGUCUGUGGUGCUACCUUACAAGAUCGUUUCCAGGUAGUGGUCGACCUCAAACUUCCAUUCCUUUUAGUAAAAAGGGAGGCCUACUGUGCUCAAUGUGGACCGAAUCACAGUCUCUGUAAACCCGGAAGCCCCUCAACUAUGGAGGCCCUGUCCAAAAAACCCAUUGUCUACAUCCUUCCAGUUUCUACAAGAUCUGCUAACCCUCAGGGCCAGGUUCAACCAAAAAAACAACCCAAGUCAAUUUAG